GUUUGCCAGGCCAUAUGGCAUGGCCUACGACCGCAGAGGCCCUACUCUCAAUUGUGCCGCUUCGUCCAACGAAGCAGACGCGCCUGGCCUAUCUUCCUCCGGGCAUCCGAUGAUAUGGUUCGACUGCGACGUCGAUCUCAACCCUCUCAGGCUGAGCCCAAGGGCAUGUUGAACGCGUUGCUUCAAGCGGAGCCACCGGUGAUACGUCCAACCGGACGCACACGCAAGAUGGUCGAUAAGUCGGGCGGCGUGGAGCUGGCACAUGAAGUCGAGAUCCUAGUAGAUGAAGACGGGCUUUCACAUGUGUGUUGCUAUUGCGGGCAACCAGAGUUCAUCGAGCCAUGUCGUUUCAAGCGAUGCAACAAAGACUCCACUCGGCCUCAGUACUUGUGUCCAACGUGUGAGGAGCAGUCCAGGCUCACGAGGGCUUUCCGAUGGGUGUUGAGACGUUAUUGGUUGGGCGGAUUGGAGUAGACUGAUACCGCGAAAUAAGUAUGACAGCUUAUGAUCAGAAACGGGGAAACGACAGCUGUGCAAAUAGGAUGAUGUACCGGUAUCCCACAGACAGCACC